AGGAGGCUGGGAGGCCUCGCUCUCAGUCCGGAAACCAGGUUUUGCCUUUCAGCCGCCAUGUGUGAAGCCGAGCCCACGUCUUUAUCUUGCCGGACUACAGAUGAGAGCUGUGUGCUUGGCGCGGUUGCGUAAGACAGGGGCCACUUUGCUCCACUUUCACGCCGGCUGCCUGCUAACGUCGCGUGUGUUGAAGAGAAGCUGAAACAAGAGGCCAACAAACACACUUCCUAAUUCACAGAACGCCGUGUCCUAAUGCUCAGACAGCGGGCCCCGACAGACAUUUUUUUCAUGUAAUGUACAUUAUGGGCGGCCGGUUGAAGAGGAAAGGUGUUUGUUUUUUCCAUAUCCGUUUUGCCGCUCAUGGAUUUGUUGGCGCCUCAAGGCCACCGGCAAAAACCGAAUGGCAGCGUGACACAGAUGUUGUGUGACAAGACGAGGCCGGAGGAGCCCGGGAGGGUGCUGCUGAGUGGUGAAAUAGAGAAGUGAGGCGCAGAGGAGAGCUGCAGGGGAUUUUUUUUUGAGGAACCCAUUCUGACGUCAGAGAGACGAAAAAAGAGAGAGACGGCGCUUUCUCUAUUUGCGGGGCUCAUGGGAAACCUCCUGAAAGUGCUGGCUUGCGCCGAACUUGAGCAUGGCCCAAUAGUUUUCCUUGACUUUGAACAUGCUCAACCCACGGAGGCGGAGACAGCCGUGUGGAACCAGGUCAGCGCCGUGCUGGAGGAGGCUCACGGGAUCCUGGCCGAGCUGCAGUCCUACAACGGAGCGGGCCAGGAGAUACGAGAAGCCAUCCAGAACCCGGGCGACCUCGCUCUGCAGGAGAAGGCCUGGAACGCAGUCUGCCCCCUAGUGGCCAAACUGAAGCGCUUCUACGAGUUCUCCCUCCGCCUGGAGAACGCCCUGCGCAGCCUGCUGGAGGCGCUGACCAGCCCGCCGUACGCCCCCAUGCAGCACCUGGAGAGAGAGCAGGCGCUCGCCAAGCAGUUCGCUGAGAUCCUUCACUUCACUCUCAGCUUCGAUGAACUGAAGAUGACAAAUCCCGCCAUUCAGAACGACUUCAGCUACUACAGGAGGACCAUCAGCAGGAACCGGCUGAACAACCAGCAGCUGGAGGCGGAGAACGAGGUCAACAACGAGAUGGCCAAUCGGAUGUCCCUGUUCUACGCCGAGGCCACGCCGAUGCUGAAGACGCUGAGCAACGCCACCACCAAGUUCGUGUCCGAGAACAAGACCUUGCCCAUCGAGGACACCACGGACUGCCUGAGCACCAUGGCCUGCGUGUGCCGCGUCAUGCUGGAGACUCCUGAGUACCGCUGUCGGUUCACCAACACAGACACCAUGCUGUUCUGCAUGAGGGUGAUGGUGGGGGUCAUCAUCCUCUACGACCACGUCCACCCCGUCGGGGCCUUUGCCAAGACCUCCAAAAUCGAUAUGAAGGGCUGCAUCAAGGUGCUGAAAGAGCAGCCGUCGAACAGCGUGGAGGGACUCCUGAACGCACUGAGGUACACGACACGGCAUCUAAACGAUGACAGCACCUCCAAACAAAUCAGGGCCCUGCUGCAAUGAGGAGGAGGAGGAGCGAGGGAGGAAAGGAGGAGUGCACUUGGAGGAGAAAAGAAGAAGAAGAAGACGAGGAGGAGGAGGAGGAUGAAACCCGUUUGUUUACGACGAACAAAAAGGAAACUCGUCUCCCAGGCUCAAGAAAACCUGAUGAUAUUAAGAAGAGGAGAAAUAAUUAUAUAUAUUGUCAGCUGUCCAUCAUUCUGUCUCUCAUUUUGUAAAGUAUAGAAAAGAGAAGAAAGAGAAAAAGGCAGGAAAAGAAAAUAUAGAUAUAUAUGAAAAAAACAGGUGAACCGCAGCAGAGGAAAAGAAGUAGGAAUAAAGAUGAAAGAGGAAUAAAGAUGAAAGAGGAAUAAAGACGGUUAAAGACGUUAUAUUGCAACACAUUAAAAAAGUUCAGAAGCUGAAAAUGUACAAAAGAAAAUAAAAUAAAUAAAAAGGGUUCGUGUUCCAGCA